GCCGCCAAAACAAAAAGAUUUAACGCAGCGUCGCGCGCAGGCGACGCCUACUUCAAGGCGAACGCGCGGCCGUCGACGACGGGGUCGCCGCGGAUCCCGACGGCGGAGCUCGAGCACGUCGCGGAGGUGCGGGGCCUCUUCCACCGCAUGUUCUUCGACAACGUCGUCGCGUUCAACAAGUGCGUCGCGGCCUUCGCCGCCGCCGACGCGCGGCUCACGGGCGCCGCCGCGGCGAUCCCCUGGGCGCCCGUGGACAAGAGAGGAGUCUACGCGAACGUCGGCGACGGGUGGCGGCAGCGCGCGUUCGACGCGAAGCCCGUCGCGAGCCUCGACGACCUCUUCGCCGUCGCGGCGCGCGCGCGCGAGCCCUUCCUGGCGACCAUCGAGGCGGCCCUGGACCGGUCGAACGUCACGGGCGUGACCCUCGAGGCCGCGGAGCUCAAGCCGCGGAAACGCGCCGCGGAGAAGCUCGCGGAGGGCGGCGGGCGGGACCCGUCGGCGGUGUUCGACGUCGUGCGCUGCGCCGUCGUCUGCGACGACGAGGCGGCGCUCGUCGCCGUGCACCGCGCGUUCACGUUCGACGAGACCGUCGAGAUCGUCCGAGUGAAGAACCGGUUCACGGACGCGACGUUCACGGGCUGGCGCGACGUGCUCGUCUCCGUGAGCGUGCCCAUCGUCAACGAGCACCUGGCGUCCCAGCACCUCUGCGAGGUGCAGCUCGUCCUCGAGUCCUACACGGACGUCGAGGACGAGUGCGACGCGCUCGCGCUCCGGGACUACUUCGCGCCCUACCUGGGCCGCGGCGUCGACGCGCGGAAGCGGCGGUCGCGCGUGGCGCUGCUGACCGCGCUGCCGCUCCGCGUCGUCUCCGCGCUCUCGACGACGGAGUCGCUGGUGACGAAGCUCUGCCGCGAAUUCGACGACGACGCGAUCCAACUGCAGAACCUCGUGGACCUGCUCACGACGAUGAGCGAGCUCUCGCACGCCGCGGCGGCGCGGCGGCGCAUCGACGUGCUCGAGCACACCAUGGGCGGCGGCCUCGGCGCGGAGGCGCGGUCCGUCGAGCUGCUCUUCAAGAAGGCGCUCGAGCUCAAGGAGAAGCAGUACGGGCCGGACCACCCGGCGACGGCGGCGUCGUGCGCGGACCUGGCCGCGCUGCUCUGCGGCCAGCUCAAGUUCCGCGGCGCGGAGGACUGGAGCCGGCGGGCGCUGGACAUCCGCGUCAACGCGCUGGGCAAGGAGAGCCCCGAGGUCGCGGACAGCCUCGACAACUUGGCGCUGAUCCUCCGCGCGGGCGGCCGCGUCAACGAGGCGGAACCCUUGCUGAGGCGGAGCCUGGGCAUCCGGGAGGCGCGCUGGCCCGACGACCACGCCGACGUCGCGAUCUCGUUGUCGAAUCUGGCCGGGGCUCUGCGGGACCUGGGCCGCUGCGCGGACGCGGAGCCGCUGAGCCGGCGCGCGCUCGACGUGCGGCGCCGGCUCCUGGAGCCGGACCACCAGGACCUCGGCGUGUCCCUGGCGAACCUCGCGGGCAUCCUGACCCUGCGGGGGCGCUACGCGGACGCGGAGCCGCUCUACCGCGAGGCGCUCGCGAUCUACGAGCGCCGCUUUGGCGCCGACAGCGCGCACGUCGGCCGCGCGCUGCACAACCUCGCGAACCUCCUGCGGGCCGACGGCCGCUACGGCGAGGCGCGGCCCGCCGUGGACCGGGCCCUGGCGAUCAAGGAGGCGGCGCUGGGGCCCGAGCACCCGGACGUGGCCGCGACGCUCGAGUGCGUCGGCGCGCUCGCGCUCGCGACGGGCCGGCCGGGCGACGCGGAGCCGGCGCUGGACCGCUGCCUGCGGAUCCGGACGAAGCGCUUCGGGCCCGACCACGCCGAUGUCGGGUCGACGCUGCGCCACCUGUCGGCCCUGCACCGGUCGCGGAAGGACUACGACCGCGCGGAGCCCCUCGCGCGGCGGUGCCUCGAGAUCGCCGAGGCGUCGCGGCCCGCGGCGCACCCGGAGGUCGCCGCCGCGCUCGACGCGCUGGCCCACGUCCUCAAGGCGACGGCCCGCAGCCAGGAGGCCGAGUGGAAGUACGAGCGCGCGCUCAAGAUCCGCGAGGAGCUCUUCGGCGGCGACUCGGACGGCGUCGCGAGCAGCCUGUGCCACCUCCUGGCCGUGCUCCAGCAGGAGCAGGAGCAGUACGCCGACGCCGAGGACCUCUUCCGCCGCUGCGUCGAGAUCAAGGAGCUGCGCCACGGCAAGGACCACGUGUCCAUCGCGCCGACGCUCAACAACAUCGGCGCGCUGACGUCGCGCCAGGGCCACGGCGCCAAGGCCGAGUCCGCGUACAAACGCGCGCUGGCCAUCUUCGAGAGGCACCACGGCGAGGACAGCGUCAAGCUCGUGCCGACGCUCUUCAACCUCUGCAUGCUCUACGACGCGCGGAGCGACACGGAGGGCGCGCUGCCCUUCGUCGAACGCGCCGGCGGCCUCGCGUGUCGCUCGCUCCCGGACGGCCACCCGACGCGGCGCCGCGUGCUGCUGCUGCGCGACUCGCUCCGCCGGAAGCACGCGGGGCGGGCCUACUAAUUCGCUCUAUUUG